UUUUUGGCUGUCUCCUUGCAACAGUAGAAGGUCUUCACUUGCUGUCGCGGCUUGCUGUCCCUCCCUCUGUGUGGCGCUUCCCCUCGCUUCCCACCAUCUCACGCAUCUCCCGCGCCAUCCUCGGUAUACCCAUUCAACCGAUUCUCCGCAGUGCUGAAAUAGAGAGUGAGUGAAAGGAGGGGGGCAAAAGAGAGAGAGUGAGAGAGAGAGAGAGAGAGAGAGAAGCGAGGGGGCGAUACGGUAAAACACACGAUAGAGAAAGAGUCAGAGUCAGAGAGAGAGAGAGAGAGAGAGAGAGAGAGAGAGAGAGAGAGAGAGAGAGAGAGAGAGAGAGAGAGAGAGAGAGAGAGGGGGCGCAAAAGGAAAACUGCACAAUCUGAAAAGGCUCCCUAGCGCGCGGAUCUUUCGACGGCUGCACAAUUCAUUUGGACGGUCGGAAAGGAUGAGCAUGUUCAGCACGCGGGCGCUCACACUCCUGUCCUCGGUGUUUGGGGCGUGCGGCCUGCUCCUGGUUGGCGUGGCUGUGUCCACAGACUACUGGCUGCUGAUGGAGGAGGGUGUCAUUCUGCAGCAGAACCAGAGCAUGGAGGUCAGGAUGGCCCUGCACUCCGGCAUGUGGAGGGUCUGCUUCGUGGCAGGACCUGAACAGGGGAGAUGUGUAGCAUCAGAAUACUUCACCACUGAAGCUGAGAUAGAUAUUGUGACCGAAAACACUGCAAAUAUACUGAAGAUGGUACGGACAGCCACACCGUUCCCCAUGGUGUCGCUGCUCUUUGUCUUCACUGCCUUCGUCAUCAGUAACAUCGGACACAUCCGGCCACAGCGCACCAUCCUGGCCUUCAUCUCCGGAAUCUUCUUCAUCCUCUCAGGGCUCAGCCUGGUGGUGGGCCUGGUCCUCUACAUCAGCAGCAUCAACGACGAGGUGAUGAACCGGCCGCGUGAGCCUGAGCACUUCUUCCACUACCACUACGGCUGGUCCUUCGCCUUCGCUGCCAGCUCCUUCCUCCUCAAAGAGGGGGCCGGGGUGAUGUCAGUGUACCUCUUCAUGAAGCGCUACGCCGAGGAGGAGAUGUACCAGCCCCACCCGUCCCUCUACCGCCCCCGCCUGUCCGAGUGUAGCGACUACAGUGGCCAGUACCUGCACCCCGAGUCGUGGCCUCCUCCGCAGCGGGGCCGCAGCGCGUCUGAGGUCUCCAGUGACAUCUCCAUCCAGCUGAACCAGACGCCCCCGCCGCCCAAGGGCAGCUCCCAGCAGCAACAGCAGCAGCAGCAGCAACAACAACAGCAACAGGCCCCAUCCUCUGGCCCCUCCUCGGGCGCCAGCUACCAGCAGUCCUCCUCCUCCUUCUCCUACCCCCACCACACCAUGUCCUCUCACCCCAGCGGGCCUCCUCCCCAGUCCAUGCCCAUACCCAUGGCCAUGCCCCCCUCUGCCCAGCCCCCUCCCCGCUACCACCAACACAUGCGCAUGAGUGCCUCGCCAUGCUAGAAGGGGGGAGUGAGGGAU